AGCAGGCAACAUGAAAUUCGGAUUUUGAACCAUGCCUCGGUAAUGUAUUACUUCAAGAGGUAAUCAAGCGUAGACAAGGGGUUAAAUCCUAUGGAGAACGAUGGGACAAAACCUAAUCUGCGGGAAAAAUUUGGUUGUAGACAAAAGCAUUGAAAAAGCAUAUAUCCAUGCAAUAAGAUCAGCUCAACAUUUCAUAUAUAUUGAAAACCAGUAUUUUCUUGGGUCAUCAUAUGCUUGGCCAUCAUACAAAGAUGCAGGUGCUGAUCAUUUGAUCCCAAUGGAGUUGGCACUAAAGAUUGUUAGUAAAAUUAGAGCCAAGGAAAGAUUUGCUGUAUACAUAGUUGUUCCAAUGUGGCCUGAAGGGGAUCCCAAGUCAGCUACCACACAAGAAAUCCUCUAUUGGCAGAGCCAGACAAUGCAGACAAUGUAUCAAGUUAUUGCAAGGGAGAUCAAGUCUAUGCAGCUUGAUGCACAUCCUUUGGACUUCUUGAAUUUCUAUUGCCUUGCCAACCGGGAAGAAGCUGGUUCAGUGACUCCGUCGCUUAGUGCCACAGAUAAGGUUUCAGAUGCAUAUAAGUUUCAGCGAUUCAUGAUAUAUGUGCAUGCAAAAGGAAUGAUAGUUGAUGACGAGUAUGUCAUUUUGGGAUCUGCCAACAUAAACCAGCGAUCAAUGGCUGGCUCAAAAGACACUGAGAUAGCUAUGGGUGCCUACCAGCCUCAACAUACAUGGGCAAAAAGACAGCGACAUCCUCGUGGACAGGUCUAUGGAUACCGAAUGUCUUUGUGGGCAGAGCACUUGGGAAUGCUGGAAGAAUGUUUUAAUGAGCCAGGGGAGCUGCAGUGUGUGAAGAAAGUGAAUGAGGUUGCUCGGGAAAACUGGAGAAAAUACACGGACGACACCUUCCAUCACUUGCAGGGCCAUCUUCUGCAGUAUCCUCUACUGGUGAAUGCGGAUGGUAAAGUAUGUCCCCUACCUGGGCAUGAAAAUUUCCCGGAUAUCGGGGGUAAGGUAAUUGGAACUCCCUCCACUACACUUCCCGAUGUUCUGACAACGUAAUAAUUCUUGCAUCCCCAACUUCUCUUUCUCUCUUCCCUUUGAGCGAAUGUUAUUUGUUGUACGCACACUUGGAAAUAUUUUCAGUUGAAUGUACUUGGCGUGUUUCUUUUUCUCAUUUCCCUACUUGAGGAGAAUGGCAUAUUGGGUUUCAGCCUAUGAUUGAAUGUAGAUAUGCGAUUCCAUGGACACAAGUAAGAUAAUACAGCGUUUAGAGCUUG